AUGAUGCCCGAGCACCAGAACCAUGUUGUCACCACUAUCGAGACCAUUCCAUCAGAGACAGUCACCGCAUCACCAUCGCUGCUUCAGAGGAUGAAGAAAGUGUUUAACAGGUGUACCAUUGUUCAAGAUUUUGGGGUCAUGGGAUCUUUCCUCACGCGGGGCCAUCUCGGCCAGGUUCUUAUCACUGCUUCAUCUGUGGGAUUGGCCUUACCAGCAAAUACCUGGCGGCUGAUUACCACGCCAACACCACCCGGUGUUCCAGUGCUUUCAUCCAUACAUCCUGCGGUUCAUGGUCUACCCCACCACACUCGCGCAGUCAGGCAAGGAGAAGAGAAUCUGCUGGCGAUACUGAAAAGAAGAUGGUGGAAGUACAUGAUUCUUGGAUUGAUUGAUAUAGAGGCCAAUUACCUGGUCAUCAAAGCCUACCAGUACACCACACUGACCAGCGUUCAGCUGCUGGACUGCUUCGUGAUCCCUGUGGUGUUGCUGCUGUCGUGGUUCUUCCUGUUAGUCAGGUAUAAAGUGCUGCACUUUGUGGGUGUGGGCGUGUGUCUCCUGGGCAUGGGCUGCAUGGUGGGCGCUGACGUCCUGGUGGGCCGACAGCAAGGCCUCGGGGACCAUAAGCUUUUAGGGGAUUUAUUGGUUCUUGCGGGAGCAACGCUCUACGGCAUCUCCAAUGUAUGUGAGGAGUUCAUCGUGAAGAACCUGAGCCGGGUCGAAUUCCUGGGAAUGAUGGGUCUCUUUGGCUCCUUCUUCAGUGGUAUACAACUGGCCAUUAUGGAGCACAAGGAGCUUCUGAAGGUGCAGUGGGACUGGCAGAUCGGGCUGCUGUACAUUGGAUUCAGCGCGUGUAUGUUUGGCUUGUACAGCUUCAUGCCAGUAGUAAUUAAAAGAACGAGCGCCACAGCAGUGAACCUCUCUCUGCUGACAGCCGACCUGUAUAGCCUCUUCUGCGGCCUGUUCCUGUUCCAGUACAAGUUUUCAGGCCUUUACCUGCUGUCCUUCUUCAUCAUCAUCCUGGGACUGGUCUUCUACUACUCCUCCUCCUUGCUACCUACGUGGCACAGGAUCCUCCGCAGUCUAGAAACAGUCCGUAACCGUGGGAAACGCUAUCACAGACACGCCCACCGUGGGGCCCCUGGAGCGGCUUCAGUGACCUAUAACGAGCCUGGGUCAGGAAACACCAUAGAGGAGGAGCAAUCGCGUAAGAGAGUAGCCUGA